GGAGGGGUGUGACGAGGGAACAGCGCACUGUGGGGCGGGAAGGAGCGACCGCGCCACUGACGUUUCACCCGCCUUGGCAUCGUUCCGGGUGCACGGCGGUGAGGCCGGACGCUCACGGUGAUGCCGGCCCCGUACCCAAGGGUGAUCACACUGCUACUUGCUGCCGCCAGCGUCGUACACGCCCAGCUCUACAGCCUGAGUGGAAGCUUCUGGGAGGUCCGCAACGGUAACGGAAGCGUACGCGCGCCCGCUACGGUUCCCGGGAACGUUCACAGCGCGCUGCUUAAUGGCGGCGUCAUUCGGGAUCCCUACUAUAGGUUUAAUGAUGUGGCCUACAGGUGGAUUGCUUUGGACAACUGGACCUACAGCCGGACUUUCACGUUGCCUCCUGACGUGAGGAAGUGGAAGAGAGUAAACCUAGUCUGUGAUGGUCUUGACACUGCUGCUACAAUCCUUAUCAAUAAUGUUACAAUUGGAACAUCUAGUAACAUGUUUCACAGAUAUACUUUCGAUUCUACUAAUGUGAUUAAGGAACAAAACUACAUUGAGGUGCACUUUUUAUCAGCAAUUUCUUAUGCAGCACAGCAGAAUGCUCAGCACAAGGCGUACUCAGUGCCCCCUGACUGCCCUCCACCUCAGCAAAAUGGAGAAUGUCAUGUCAACUUCAUCAGAAAGGAACAGUGCUCUUUCAGCUGGGAUUGGGGCCCGUCCUUCCCUACACAAGGCAUUUGGAAAGAUAUACGGAUUGAGGCAUACAACAUCUGCCACUUGACGUAUCUCACGGCAACCUCUGUUUAUGAUAAAAGAAAACAGAAGUGGUCUGUGGAAAUAGAGAGCUUUUAUGAUAUUGCUUCCUCAAUGCCGGUUGAAGGUGAAUUGACUGCUAACAUUCCAUCUCUACACACACAUCAAAUUUACAAAAUACUUCUUAGGAAGGGAAAAGAGAGCAGCAGUAAAGUCAGACUGCACAUUAAUCAGAAUGCAUCUGUUCAUCCUUGGUGGCCUCAUGGAUAUGGCAAUCAGACUGGUUACAACAUGACUGUAACAGUCACUGUCGAAGGAGAAUAUCAUGUUGAAAAGACCAUCAUGGUCUAUUUUAGGACUGUAGAGCUGAUUCAAGAACCUGUACCAGGAUCUCCUGGUUUAAGCUUUUAUUUUAAAAUCAAUGGGCUCCCUAUAUUCAUCAAAGGUUCGAACUGGAUUCCUGCAGAUGCAUUCUUGGACAGAGUGACAUUUGAUGUAUUACAGAACUUGUUACAGUCUACAGUUGAUGCCAAUAUGAACGCACUAAGGGUAUGGGGAGGAGGCGUUUAUGAACAAGAUGAAUUUUAUGAGCUGUGUGAUAAAUUGGGGAUCAUGAUCUGGCAAGAUUUCAUGUUUGCUUGUGCACUUUAUCCAACCAACAAAAAGUUUGUUGAUUCAGUCAGGGUAGAAAUUGUUCACCAGAUCCGGCAAUUAAAAUCCCAUCCAUCCAUCAUAAUCUGGAGUGGAAACAAUGAAAAUGAGGCUGCACUUGCAGUUAACUGGUUCAAUAUUUCACCAUCAAACAUGGCACUGUACUUGAAUGACUAUGUACAACUCUAUGUCGAUACGAUUAGAGAAACAGUACUUAAGGAGGAUAGAAAUCGCCCAUAUAUUACCUCAAGUCCCACCAAUGGAGAGGAAUCGGUUCAGGAGCACUGGGUUGCCAAGAACCCAUAUGAUGACCACUAUGGUGAUGUUCAUUAUUAUAAUUACUGCAAAGACUGCUUGGACUGGACAUAUUUUCCAAAGCCAAGAUUUGCAUCUGAAUAUGGCUUCCAGUCUUGGCCUUCCUUCUCAACACUGGAAAGGGUUUCUUCUGCUGAAGACUGGAAUUUCAACAGUUCUUUUGUUAAUCACCGACAGCACCAAACUACUGGCAAUGCAUUGUUACUGAGGCAAAUCGAACUCCACUUUAAACUUCCUCAGGGAAAAGAUCCCCUGCAAAACUUCAAAAAUACACUCUACCUUUCUCAGGUUAUGCAAGCACAGUGUAUAAAAACACAGACCGAAUUCUAUCGGCGGAGUCAGAGUGAAGUCAUUGAUGGGAAAGGUUUGACAAUGGGCGCGUUGUACUGGCAACUCAAUGAUAUCUGGCAAGCCCCCUCCUGGGCCUCCAUUGAGUAUGGUGGUAAAUGGAAGAUGCUUCAUUACUUUGCACAGAAUUUCUUUGCUCCUGUUCUGCCAGUAGCUUUUGAAGACCAAGGGACCAUGAUAAUCUAUGGAAUUUCUGAUCUAUCCACAGACCUCCAACUUGUUCUUCAGGUUCGGCUUUACCAGUGGAGUCUUAUGGAACCAGCAUGUGUUUUCCACACGGAAUCCUUCACAUUAAAGGCAAGGAGUGCAGCCCCCAUGUACAAGGAACUAACGGAUGAUUUACUGAAGCGUUGUAGCUGCAGCCGAUCUCACUGUGUGGUCACCUUUUACCUUGAGGCUAACAGCCAGCAGCUCGGACCAGCUAAUUAUUACUUGCUGACAUCGUUAAAGGAUGCUCAGACACUGAGAAAGCCACAAAUUAACGUCACCAUCAGCCAGCAAGGGGACAUAUACACCAUUAAUCUGUGGACCAACAGUAUCGCUCCUUACAUCUGGUUGGAUGUAGGGAACAUCUCAGGGAGGUUCAGUGACAACGGCUUCCUGAUGUGGGAGAAGAACAAGCAGCUAUCCUUCAUCCCAUGGAGUUCCACCAGCAUCUCCAAACUGAGGAAGUCUCUGACCAUCCACACCCUCCAGGAUGUAUACUAACUGUUCACAUCUUAAGGCUGAUUCUCCCAAUAAGUGAAUGAACAUCUCUGUCUGUGUGAGUAAUGGUCAGCACACUCAGGAUACUGUUGUUAAUGUUAGUUGAAAUCGAUGCAUAUUGGACUGUGAUGUGCAUUCAUAAUGGUGGGCCAUUCAUCUAGUUUCAUUCAAGAAAGGGUGCAUUUAAACCAAAAACAAAUCAGGAAGUCAGGAUUGAAAUUUUCAACUCAGGAUCUUUUGAUAACUUUUAAUAAUUUGGAUUUGACUCCUACCAGAAUAACAAACAUUGCUGCGCUCUCCCUGGUUUUGACAAUAUUGCAACAUUCCUUUAUCGAUACUACUUCUAUGCUGCAGACUUUGUGUUCACUUCUGUAUUAUUGGUUGAAGCCCAUCUCAGAAAUAGUAUUAUGCUUUUUAUAAAUCUGUGCUUCAAUUUUGUUCACAUGUGACCUCUCUGAAUGGGUGAACUAAGGCAACAUCAUGGACAGAACUGAUGAAUUUUCAGAUCAAACUAAUUGUUUAAAAAGACAAUAUUUAAUUUGAAAAUAUUGAGGAAGAAUUUGUUUUCUCAUGUUAACAGUUCUGAAAAUCUGAUUUCAUUUCCAGGAUGCACUGAUUAAAUUUAUAUAUACAUAUUGAGAACCAUGGUGUAUAGAAAUCUUCCUUAUUUAAAUAUACCUAAUGAAUUGGCGGGCUUGAGGAGCGAGUGGAUAGAAUGGACUGCUUUCACUGGCGUGAAGGAGGCUGAGGGAUGACCUUAUAGAGAUUUAUAAAAUUAUGAGGGACAUGGAUAAGGUGGAUUAUCAGUUGUUCGUCUGAAAUGUGUGUCAGGGCUCAGAGUAUAGCAAGGAUAAGGGCCAGGAUCUGGAACAGG